UCUGUGAAAUAACCUAACUUUUCAAAAUGUCAAAAUCAUAAUAUGAUCAUAUUCAUAAUCAUCAAUCAUAAUAAAGUUUAGUGAAAAUUGUUGUUAAACUUUAUUACCAAAAUAUGUCUGAUGACGGAAUAGUAAAUGCAAAAUGCAGAAUACUAGAAAUAUUAUCCGAACUUGAUGAUUCUGACUUGGAAUCGAUUGAAAGGUGGAUAUGUUCACAAUCAUAUAAAAAAGAUUUAGGAAAUAAAAAGGUGCUUAGAAGUUCGGAAAAUUUGCUGAAAAACAUAGGAGAUUCUAUUAAGAAAGUUGUGCCAUUUGAAGCAGUUAUGCCAACUGAAUCCAUUAGUCCACCUGUUGUUGGUGAUCAAGCUGAUUGUGAUAAACAUAAUACUUGCCAUGUUGAUGAAUUUCUUUAUGAUGAGGACCAAGUCGAAAUUUUGGUUAAAAAAGGAAAACUCAAAAGAUACUAUUGUCUAGACUGUAACUCUCGCAAUAUUCAGAAAUUGAUAUUUAUUUCACAUUCAAUGUCGAGACAAACCCUACAAUAUAUAUUCAAAGUAUUACUUCCUAAAGACUUAGAAGACAAACAACUAUUAGAUAUAGGUUCUCGAUUAGGGACUGUAUUAUAUGCUGCUUAUUAUUUAACAAAUGCAUCAAAACUAGUUGGUAUUGAAAUGAAUAAAGAAUGCUGUGAGGUCCAAGAAAAAAUAAUUAAUCAAUAUACUAUGGAUAUAGACAGAAUAAAAGUAAUACAUUCAGAUGUAAUGGACCGACCUGAUGUUGUUGAAUGUUCCGAUGUAUUUAUAAUAAAUGUUUUUGAUUUUUUUGUUGACACUGAAAAGCAUAAAGAAUUGUGGUAUUUUUUUAAAAAUCAUUUUAAAAGUGGUAGCUAUUUAGUGGUCAAUAGAAGUAUGGCUGAAACUUUAGGUCACUUAGAUAUGUUUGAAGAAUUUAUGGAUUGGUUGACUAUUUGCAAGCCGUACCAGUUAGAGAAUGAGAUAUAUUUUGAUAUUGAAGAUUUUAGCGAGUUGUAUUUAUAUACAAUAAAUAAAAAGUGAAACUAUA